GCAUCAUUCUUGUCUGACCAGCCCGAACCUUAUUUGCCUUUCCUCUCAAGAUUUUUGGAGACACAGAUGUUUGCUUCUUUUAUCGACAAUAAGAUCAUGUGCCAUGAUGAUGAUGAUAAAGAUCCUAUUUUGAGGGUGUUUGAUUCUAGAGUGGAUAAAAUUAGAUUACUAAAUGUCCGUACACCAACUCUGCGCACAUCAAUGUAUCAAAAGUGCACUACCAUCGAUGAGGCUGAGAAAGCUAUUGAGUUACGGCUGGCAAAAAUAGAUCACACUGCAGUGCAUCCCCACUUGCUUGAUAUGAAGAUUGGACAAGGAAAAUAUGAACCUGGAUUUUUCCCUAAGCUUCAGUCUGAUGUGCUUUCUACGGGACCAGCAAGCAACAAAUGGACCAAGCGAAAUGCACCUGCACAGUGGAGGCGGAAAGAUAGACAGAAACAACACACAGAGCAUCUUCGUCUUGACAAUGAUCAGAGAGAGAAGUAUAUUCAAGAAGCCCGGAAUCUGGGCAGCACAAUUCGACAGCCCAAAUUGUCUAAUCUCUCACCAUCAGUAAUUGCGCAGACCAACUGGAAAUUUGUUGAAGGUUUGCUUAAAGAAUGCCGAAAUAAG